UCAGCGUGUCCGCCAUUUUACAUCGUGGUGACUGGUGAAACUCCUGAUGCAGUAUAUUUUCGAUAGGGAGACUUGGUUGUCUAAAUUUCUUGGUGCUCAUAAUGGCUGCGAGGAUUGCAUCGAGGUCCUUAGUUCGUAGAUUCUCUUCCGGCGGGAAGGUCUUGAGUGAGGAGGAGAAGGCUGCGGAGAAUGUGUACAUUAAGAAAGUUGAAAAAGAGAAGCUGGAGAAACUUGCACGUAAGGGAUCCAAACCAGGGGACAAUCCAGCUUCACAAACCCCAGAUGCUACUGAUGUGAAGCCUUCUGGAUCUCCGCCAGGCUCUUCAGCAGCUGGUUUCUCUGCUGACAAGAACCGAAACUAUGCUGUGAUUGCUGGGACCAUUGUUGCUGUUUCUGCACUAGGCUGGUACCUGCUUUCAAAGCCAAAGAAAUCUGAAGAAGCCUCUAAAUGAGCCUGGCUAAGUAAUAGGCGCAUCCCAUCUCUGUUUGCUUAUUUGCUUCAGUUUGCAUGUGAUCUUGUGAUUAACUCCAUAUGCUUGGAUUACAUAUGCUCCUUUACAUAAAUGAUGAUUUGCACUUAAUAGUUCUCUUUAGAGAAGUAUCUUUUAACUGUCUGAUGUUUUGACUGCGCGUUAAUAAUUGGAAGCAUGUUGGUCGCUGGGUCAAAAGAAAAAAUACUUUGUAUUUUUUCAUUUUAUGAAUGAAGUUGAGAAAGUUAAUUUCUUGG